UCUAGUCGUUCAAAACACAGCCUGCCUUCAAAUCCUCCCAGAUUUUUUUACGAUUCCCACCUUUUUUUAUUUUAAAUUUUGCUCUCAUUUUACAGCCUCCCUCAGCUUUUUCGGUACUCGGCGCCUUUUUUACUUUUUAAAAUUUUUAUCUGCUCUUCGUAUAUAAUGCGGUGGAUCUCCGUGUAUUCUUUCCGACCUGGUUUUUCUUCCGAGAUUGACUUCACGAACAGCAUCAUCCUCUGUUGUUUGUUUUCUGGAUGCUUUCGAUGGAUAUGGAUUAAUUUAAAAGCCGUAUAAAUGCACCUGCCGUCGGAGAGACACUCGGCUUUUAAAAUCGCAGAGGUGUGUGUGCCCUGGGUGCAGCCUGGCCUGUGCUGUGGAUGUGAUGAAGAACCCAGGAGCCGCGGAGAGCCGUCGGCUGGACGGCCUGCUGGAGGCCGCUCUGGUCCGAGAGGCUCGCCUCUGGAAGGUACCAGUCUUCAAGAAUGGAUGCAUCCAGGGCGCUGACAUCUCUUCAUCCCAACACCAAGAAAUGAUCCUUUGGCUUGGAGAAAUGAACAGGCUCUUUCGUUUCUGUCCAGAGACCUUUGCACUGGGAGUGUGUGUCCUCAACCGUCUGCUGUCUACUGUGAAGGCUCAAACAAAGUACCUGAAAUGCAUCGCUUUUACCUCACUGGUUCUGGCUGCCAAAAUCAACGAGGAAGAUGAGGUUAUAGGCUCUGUUAAAGGCCUGGUUGUGCAGAGUGGAUGCAACUUUUCAACAGCGGAGAUUCUUCGCAUGGAGAGGAUCAUUCUAGACAAGCUGCACUGGGACUUGUACACCGCAACACCCAUCGACUUCGUUCACAUAGUAAGAGAGAAUUCAGCAGAUUGACAAGCAGACAGAAUUUUUUAUUUUUUUUUUCUUUCUUUUUUGUAAUCUGGACCUGAACUCGAAAUGCUUCAUGAAUUCAGCUCCUGGUCUUGCAUAAAAACACACGUGGUACAAAAGCGCACAUAAAACUGUCAUGCUUGCAUCAUGUUUGCUUCAAGAUGGCAUUCACAAACCCUCACACCUUCACCUCCCCCUAAAGAAAAGAAUUGGUCCUUGUAGUGAUUGUGCAUUUAUUUGAUAUGACUCAAUGUGGCUACAGUUAUCUAUAUUAAUAUAACAAACUCCAUUCAGUUGAUAAAGAAAUCCUGGAUUUCACUAAAAGCAUA